UCAUGUGAUGAACGCGGAAAGACAGUCAUAUGACUGAUUCACAACCCACAGAGAAAGUGCAAAACCUAUCAAGCUUAUACUAAAAUCAUGUGAUUGAGGAUGUUUAUUGUUCUUAGAGGGUGUUUUCAUACGGAUGUUCACUUGCACAUGCUGCUGAAUUUCCUGUUCCAUCGAAUAAUCACAGGUUGCAGUACAAUCGCUCUGCUCCUCACCUGGUGCUGAAUCGGGUUAAACGAUGCGCUUAAGGCUGCUGUUGUGCGCAGUGUGCUGCGGGCUGGUCAGUGCAGAGCGCUACAAGCCUGACUGGAAGAGCCUGGACGCCAGACCUCUGCCCAAGUGGUACGACGAGGCUAAGUUCGGGCUGUUCGUCCACUGGGGGGUGUUUUCGGUGCCGGCUUUCGGCAGUGAGUGGUUCUGGUGGAACUGGCAGGGUGCGCUGGAGCCCGCAUACAUCGCUUUCAUGCUGAAGAAUUAUCCUCCGGGAUUCACAUACGCCGAGUUCGCACCGCAGUUUAACGCGCAGUUCUUCCAGCCUGACGCCUGGGCGGAAGUGUUCGAGGCUUCCGGAGCCAAGUACGUUGUUUUCACUACGAAACACCAUGAAGGUUUCACUAACUGGGGAUCGCCAACUUCAUGGAACUGGAACUCCGUUGAUAACGGGCCUCACAGGGACCUUGUUGGAGAGCUGGGGACUGCCAUUCGGAAUAGGUCUCUGCACUAUGGCUUGUACCACUCCUUGUAUGAAUGGUUCAAUCCCCUGUAUCUAAAAGACAAGGCGUCAGGCUUUAAGACCCAGGAAUUUGUUUAUAGAAAAACCUUGCCAGAGCUCAUGGAUCUUGUCAAAAGGUACAAGCCAGACCUGAUAUGGUCAGACGGGGAUUGGGAAGCUCCUGAUACUUACUGGAACUCCACUGAAUUUUUAGCCUGGCUUUACAACGACAGUCCAGUGAAGGAUGUAAUUGUGGUGAAUGACAGAUGGGGGAACGGAACAUACUGUAAACAUGGCGGUUACUACAACUGUGCUGAUAAGUACACUCCAUCCACAAUGCCCAAGCACAAAUGGGAGAAAUGUAAUUCAAUAGACAGAAUCUCCUGGGGUUAUCGUAGGAACAUGAAGCUCAGUGAUUUGAUGGAUGUGCCCACCAUUAUAAAGGAUCUCGUCUUCACUGUGGCCUAUGGAGGAAACUACCUGCUGAAUAUCGGACCUACGUCAGAUGGCAUGAUCCCGACCAUUUUUGAGGAGCAUCUCCGAGGUGUUGGCGCCUGGUUGAAGGUUAAUGGUGAGGCCAUCUACGCCACCACACCGUGGAGAGUCCCGACCGAGAAUGCUACUGUGCCAGUCUGGUACACUUCCAAAGGCUCUACUGUGUAUGCCAUCUUUCACACCAAACCGACGCAGUACUCCUUCGUGCUCUCCUCUCCUGUAACCUCAGACACCACCGUAGUGACUCUGCUGGGAAGCACUGAGCCUUUAAAGUGGGCUCCUCUGCAUUCAUCAGGACUGAUCAUGCUGCUGCCUGAGCUGCCAUUCAGUACUGCUGGGGCAUGGGCCAUCAAACUGACUGGAGUGGCUUAAGCUGUGUAAUGUGGUUCAUAGGAGACAAGUUUCUAGGUGAUUUUUACACAAAUGUGGCUCUUGCCUUAUUGUUUUGCCUUAACUUUUUUAUUGAUCAUUAAAGAUUUUUCAAUGUUUUUAUUAGAUUUCAUGCACUGUACACAAAUCACUGAAUUACAAUUUGUGCUGAAUAAAUAAUUUCUUUUCAAUUGUAAAA